UAAACAUUAUUACAAUCUCAGAGUUUCAAGUUAAAGUCAAGAAAUGUAUGCAAAAUCAAAAAGUAGAUGAUCUCGGCGGUUCUUGCUGGAUGGCUAUAGAUGAUCUUGUGGUUUUGUUUUAAUGAUUGGUAGAGGUAUAGUAUGUCUUGAAGCAUUCAAUGAAGCAGCUAUUAGUCACUGAAAACAAGUUAACUUCAGACAAUCAGUUCCUUCUCCCUCCCCCCUUUUCUUUAUUUGGAUUAGAUCUACUGAUCCAUCACGUUAGUACAAACAAAAUGAAUUGUCCUGUCAAGUUAUGCCUACACCUAAACUGACAUUUCAAACAAAACCAAUUGAAAGAAUGGAAACAGGUCUACAUGACAUGAGGCUUUCCUGCACUGCAAUGUUUUCUUCCCUGUGGGCUCUAAUGAGAUGAGUUGUGCUUACGUCUUCGGCUAAUCUGCCUGAGAAGCAAGGGAGGGUCAACUGGUAAAAUCCUUAUAAGAGCGGAGGAUCCACUUUAUAGGACAAAUGCACACAAGUCUAUCACCUCAAGCAAUGGUUUCUUAUAAGUGUGAGAAAUCAUUUGGAACAAAUCGAAUUUUUAAAUACAGCAAAUAGGAAAUAUUUACAGGUCAGAAAAAGAAAAAAACAUCAGUCUUCCUACAGCUCUCUGUCUAACAUACUGAAACAACUGUAGUGUUCAACAGUGGAGAUGGAUCUUAUGGUGGAUCUGAAGUCCUUUGGGGAUCCCAUCAAGCAGUUCAGUGACUACGUGUCGGGGACAGUGGCCAAACCGGAUAACAAACGAGAAGCCAAAAAGAGUACAGGAACCCGAAGGAAGAGUAUAGUCAUUAGCACGGGGGCCCGACGAAAGAGCGUAGUUUUGAGCACAGGGGCCCCCAAGAAGAGCAUAGUUGCCAGCACGGGGGCCCGACGGAAGAGCGUAGUUUUAAGCACAGGGGCCCCAAAGAAGAGCACAGUUGCCAGCACGGGGGCCCGACGAAAGAGCAUUGUUGGAGUCCGAAGACACAGUAUAGCCAGAAGAAAGAGUGCUCCUUGCGCUAAAACUUGUGCUAACCAGAGAACUGUACCAGACUCCUGGCUUAGAGUAUACCAGGCUGACAUUCAAAGAGAACGGAAACUGAGAGAGAAGAAGAUUGCAGAGAGAUCCGUCAGAAGGAAGAGCCAGCAUUUCAGGAGCCAGCAUUGCCUUCCUAAGAGUAAGCCUAACCCAAAUGCCAAGAGGAACCAGAAAUCGACAAAGGAUGAUUCAUUGUUUGGUGCUUUCCAGGGGCUUAGUCUCAACGUGACAGGAGGCACCCAGAGCUCAUUGACCUCAGGCGGGGACCAGUGUAAAGUCAUGUGAGAGACUCAUCACCUGUACUUGAUUACCAGGCUUUGCUCACGUGCAUGAAAGCUUGGCAGAGGCUAGACUGUCACCUAACACUUUAAUCGCGUCCAUGAGCCGGUUCUUUUGGUCGAACCUACAUAUUUUGGCAGUAGCAAUUGAACCUGCGGAACAAGGUUAACUGCACUUGGCCUGAAAAAAUUGAAGAUGAACUACAAAAAACACAACCUAAAUGUGUGAUGUGCUGAUAGGAAAUGACAAUGAAGCCAAAGUCCUAAAGCUUGAUUCAAGAUUAAGUCUGAGGGAAUGUGAAUAUACAUUUCUAUCGCUUGAUCGAUUCUUUAUGCAGUAAGAGAACACUCAUUAGUGCUGAUAAUAGUUCUGCUUGUCAUGAGCUUGUGUUGGUAUUUUCUGUUCCAGAAUAAAUUACGGCAGGGGUAUUCAGAUCUGGACCUCAAAUCCACUUUCACUCUAAUUUCUUUAUUGUAACACUAAUCAGGGACUUAUGUAGACCUUAGACACAAGAUUGGUGCACUUAGUGAUCAGGUAGAACCGUGUAGGGUAAGACUUGAAUGCCCCUGAUUUACAGUGUCAAGGCCCCGGACAUGAAUACUAUUGUUGUAUCCUAUAUGUGCAGACGUGAUAACGUAAUUGAAUUUGAUUUACAUUUUCAUCAACUUUAAGUAAAUGUACGUGUGUGUGUGUGUGUGUGUGUGUAUUGUUUUGCACAAUUUUAAAUGUAUAUUUGUCUUUUCCAAAACACAUUUAAAUGAAAUGUUGCACAAAACUAGUAGUCAUUUUGUCUCACAGAACAAUCAGUCUGCCAAAUGUAUAAAGUGAUCAUACUGAAAUGA